AUGCUGAUGCAGCCACCACGCCGGAAAACGUCACUGUUCUUUACAGGAAAAUUCACAAUGAAGCACGCCGGCGGUGGCCGCAAAAACAAUAACCUCUCGGUCUUCGUUGUGGUCUUCUCUAUCUUCCUCUUUGGAUGCUUCAUGUACAAUGAAGACGUGAAGUCCAUCGCGGAGUUUCCAUUUUCGAGUCCCAACAUUCAAGAAACCCAAAAAGAAUCAUCCAAAAUACACAACCUAGUUCAAGAAACUAACAAGAAAGCCGAGAAAGACACAGUUCCAGUGUUGAUGCGUUCAAGAACUAUAGUGGAGACAGAAGUAGAGAAUUCUCAUAAUAAACAAGAAGCAGUGGGUUUGAAAACAGAAGUAGAGGAUUCUGAAGAACAACAAGAAGUUGUUAGAUUGAAGAUAGAUGUAGAGGAUUCUGAACAAAAACAAGAAGGUGUGAAUUUGAAAUCCACGGAAACGAAAGAAGAAGAAGAGGAAGAAUUAGAUGAUAGGAAAAUUAAAUUACCAGGUGAAGAAGAAGAAGAUGAUGAAGAGAUUGAAUUUCCUCCUGAAGAUUGUGAUCUCUAUACAGGACAAUGGGUUUUUGAUAAUAUCACUCAUCCAUUGUACAAGGAAGAAGAAUGUGAGUUUCUCACAGAACAAGUGACUUGCAUGAGGAAUGGAAGAAAGGAUUCACUUUACCAGAACUGGAGGUGGCAACCCAGAGAUUGUUCAAUGCCCAAGUAA